AGAGAAAAAGCGGAGGAAGGUAGAAGGUUUGAGUAGAGUCAGUCGGUCGGUACUGAACAGUUGGGAAGAAGGUGAGAAAAGAUUGGUAGUAGUAGGUAUAACGCAAGUAGCUGACAAAGUAAACUAACAGUCAGGUAGGUAGAAGAUAGGGGUAGAUAGAUAAAGGGCAAAGUAGAAGGGAAGAAGAAGAAAAGGAAGGGCAAGGUAGAACAGAUCCAAGAGGGGGAAAAAUUAAAAAUCAUCCAAUACAUUUGUUCAGGAUCCGUGGCUGGUAUUGGAUCGUUACUCACAAGAUACAAGGAGGAAGGAUUUGAAUUCAGAGAGAAGAAGAAAAAGAAGAGGGGAUAAUAAAGAAGACGCUUAGAAGACGCUUAGAAGACGCUUUAAGAUAGUAGAAAACCAAAUGGAGUAACUAAAAGAGAAACAGUAUUAAAGAGAUAGAAACAAUCCAGUAGUCGACGUUCGAAAAGAAACACGAGAUAGUCCAAAUUAGUCAUCCGGUGUUAACAACAAGUUUUCCUGGGAAUAAUUAAGUAAAGAAUAAGAACAAUAUGUUCCACGUGAGAAAAUUGACGAGAUCGCCGAUCGGUUUAAAACAGGUGCCUAGUAAUGAUGUUUUACGAGGUACAUUAAUGCGAGGUACAACAGCGGCCUUGCAAAUGCGAGGUUACGCCGAUCAUCAAAUUCCCGAACGUUUGAAGGAUGUACCGAAUGCACCUAAUCCCAAAUUUUUCGACAUGGUCGAAUAUUUUUUCCAUCGUGCUUGUCAGAUAGUCGAAGAUAAGUUAGUUGAAGAUAUCGGCAAACGUUCGAGGAUAACCGUUGAGGAACGUAAGAAAAAAGUUAAGGGAAUAUUAAUGCUGAUGGAACCAUGCGAUCACAUACUUGAGACAUCGUUUCCUCUUAGACGUGAUUCCGGUGAUUAUGAAAUGAUCACAGGUUACCGUGCCCAACAUUCGACACAUCGUACACCUUGCAAAGGAGGUAUCCGUUUUUCAAUGGAUGUUUCUCGAGACGAAGUAAAAGCCUUGUCCGCAUUGAUGACGUUUAAAUGUGCCUGUGUGGAUGUACCUUUUGGUGGUGCCAAAGCUGGUAUCAAAAUCAAUCCCAAAAACUAUUCCGAGCAUGAGCUUGAAAAAAUUACAAGAAGAUUUACGUUGGAACUUGCAAAGAAAGGAUUCAUUGGACCUGGUGUAGACGUACCUGCUCCUGAUAUGGGUACAGGAGAACGAGAGAUGUCUUGGAUUGCUGAUACCUAUGCGAAAACUAUCGGCCAUUUGGAUAUUAAUGCUCAUGCUUGUGUAACUGGUAAACCUAUUAAUCAAGGUGGAAUUCAUGGAAGAAUAUCUGCGACUGGUCGUGGAGUAUUUCACGGACUGGAGAAUUUUAUUAAUGAAGCUAACUUUAUGAGUAUGAUUGGUACCACACCUGGUUGGGGUGGAAAAACUUUCAUCAUUCAAGGUUUUGGUAAUGUUGGUUUGCACACAAUGCGUUAUUUACAUCGUGCUGGAGCUGCUUGCAUAGGAGUCAUUGAACAUGAUGGUGCGAUCGUUAGUGAGGAAGGCAUCGAUCCAAAACAACUAGAAGAUUACCGUAUAGAAAAUGGUACGAUUGUAGGUUUUCCUGGUGCCAAACCGUACACGGGAGAGAAUCUCAUGUACGAGCCUUGCGAUAUAUUUAUACCCGCUGCUGUAGAAAAAGUUAUUACCAAAGAUAACGCGAAUCGUAUUCAGGCAAAAAUAAUAGCCGAAGCUGCCAAUGGUCCAACGACUCCAGCUGCCGAUCAAAUACUCAUUGAAAGAAACAUACUCGUUAUACCAGAUCUUUAUAUUAACGCUGGUGGUGUUACAGUUUCUUUCUUCGAAUGGUUGAAGAAUUUAAAUCACGUGUCGUAUGGUCGUUUAACUUUCAAAUACGAACGAGAAUCUAAUUAUCAUUUACUUGAAUCUGUACAAGAAUCAUUGGAACGUAGAUUUGGUCGCGUUGGUGGUCGUAUUCCUGUUACUCCUUCAGAAGCUUUUAAUAAGCGUAUUUCUGGUGCAUCCGAAAAAGAUAUUGUACAUUCAGGAUUAGAUUAUACAAUGGAACGAUCUGCCAGGGCCAUUAUGAAGACUGCUAUGAAGUUUAAUCUCGGACUUGAUCUGAGGACAGCAGCUUAUGCAAACUCGAUUGAAAAAAUCUUUACAACUUAUUCUGAGGCUGGUCUCGCUUUUUAAAUGCUAGUCAAGAUAAAAGAAAGACGAAACAAAAAUUUAUUAUACGAUAACGGAGUGUUAUCAACAAAAUGAUCAUAAAAGUCAGUAUUUUAAAGAUUACUCAUGAUUGAUCACUGGUGUAACUUUGACCAAACGUUCCAUGUACAUUGUUUCACCCAUCAUUCUUCAAACUCGCCCUAAUAAUUUGCCUAAGUGCAUAUACACGUUUACAUAUAUAGAGAGAUUUAAUAAUAUACUUAAGAGAUUAAGCGAUGAAUUAUUAUAAGUAUCAUUAAAUUGCACGAAAAUUACGAGCAAUAAAAAUUAAUUAAUACCGUUCACCACAAGUCGUUUGUCUAACCAAAGGGGAUUAUAAGACCAGUGCAUUUUUAUAUUUCAAUUUUUAUUCGUCGGUUGUAAUAAUUAUAAUACUAAUAAUAGUAAUAAUAAUAA